AAACUCUGAAGCUCUUGUUGUUUUAAAAGGUUGAAAUAUAAAUUCAGCAAAUUUCAUCUAAGACUUUCAAAACACAAACUCCAACCCCGCAGUCAGGUCUUGCGCUCUGAUGACAUCAGGUUCAAACCCUCGAACCCUGUCUGAAUGCCGAGCUCUCUUGCCGGGUGCGGUGGCGCGCGCCUGUAAUCCAAGCUCCCGGGAGGCUGAGGCUGGAGAACCGCUUGAGCUCAGGAGCUCUGAGCUGCAGCGGACUGUGUCGAUUGGGUGUCUGCACUAAGUUCGGUAUCGAUAUGGUGUUCCUUGGGGAGCCCGGGACCACCAGGUCGUCUAAGGAGGGGUGCACAGGCCCAGGUCGGAAACGGAGCAGGUCAAAGCCCUCGUGCCGCUCAGUAGUGGGAUCGCGCCCGAGAAUAGACGCUGUUGUGCAGCCUGAGUAACACAGCGGGACCCAGUCUUUUUACACUCUGAACACUGAUAGACAAACACACACAGGUGGACUACAGUUUGUUGUACAGGUUAAAACAACUUCAGCUCUUCUGUUGAAGCUUCUUGUUUCCAUCCACACCUGCACAGAGCAGCUGUGUUUCUUUGACCCACAGCGCCUCCACCUGGAGGAGAGGAGCAAUGAGCAUCAGUGUCUGGAAUUUUCAUACACGAUACGACUGAAUCCCUCCCAACAUUAUAUCUGUCCUUUGUGCAUUGAUGAAUACAUUAGUUCUAAAAGCUUAAUAAUCAUGAUCUUCCAGCAAGAGACUUUUAAUUUUUCUUUUAAUAUCACGGCGUAAAGCACACCUGUAAUCAUUAGAAUACAUAUUUAUCAUAAUUAGGAAUUACAGACUAAAAAUAAAUUGUGAUUUAAGUGUUUUUGACUAUUACUGUAGUUCGGAUCCAGUAAAAUGUUUGCAUGACAAACACAAAGAAGUGAGUAAAACAUGAGGGUGGAACCUUUGACACCUGGAACCCGGAACAAAAACAGCGGCGGACCAAUCAUCACGGACCAGACCCUUGAAACUAACAGCUACAACUUCCAUUUCAGAGGGAAAGAGGAAGAUUUCAUACUUUCUUCGGGUUUGCAUGAACGAAUAGUGACUGAUUGAAGCGGUAUAACAGGAUGGAGGAUAAUAUAUCAAAGGGAAAACGCCCCCCUCUUCCCCUCUCUGCUCUGCGCCUUCUGGUCCCGCCAGUCCGGCUGGUCUCUGCAGCCAUCUGGCAGACAGUCCAGCAGAAAAAUGUUGCUGAUUAUGGGAUGCUUCAGGAGUUUGUUUCCAUGGUAGCAGACAUUGUUCCUGAGCUACUCACCAAUCGCCAGAGGGCCCAACUUGUUCUGGGACUCCGAGCACGGCUGAUUCUGGAGCUGUGUCGGUUUGAAGCUGACUCUGAGCUCAUUCAGCCUCACCUGGACAGUUUGCAAAACCUGAUCCAGGAAUGGGACAAAGAGGCCAGGACUGAGAACAUCGAAGUCCCAAACUCUGAGUUUGUGGAUUUAGUUAGAAACUUGCAGAAGAAUCCUGUGGAGAGGGAACAUUUCUUUCAGAAAGUCUUUCCUGACGAGUUUGGACCCCGAUAUGACGAAGCUCUUCACACACUGAUGUGGAUGUUUCUGUCCAGACUUGAGGAUUUUCUUUCUUUUCAAACUUUCCAACAGGUCUCCUCCAUGUUGGCUGACGUGUCCUCAGUUCUGGAGGACUGUAUGAACUCGGUCUCAGGAUGUGAGGAACUAAGAACUCUGCUGCACUAUCAGAAAGACGUCAGGCAGCUGCAGCACAAUGAUGGAUCCUUGGAUGGAGCCUGCAUCAUUUCAGCUCUCAAACUUCCCCCUGUAGAGAAAACUGAGACUCACGAAAGACCACUGCAUGCUAACGUCCAGGAGACGAUGCUGUCGUGUUCCUCAGAUCUGGAGAUUGAAUCUUUAACACUGCCUCAUAAAGCACAGGCAAAGACAGGCUCACACACAGACAGUCAGAUGUGUGAGACUGAGGUUUGUAAAACUGAUUCUUUGGGAACUGUUGGAGAAAAUGGAUCAGCUGAGCUUUGUAGAGAAAUGACACAACCUGAGGAAAAUGCUUUUCAAAGUCAAGAAGAGGAUUCGUUUGUAAUUUUAAAACAAUGCCACGUUCAGCUGAAAAGAGUGGACGUGCCGCUCUCUUUGCAGACUCGACCUGUAAGACGAAACAGAGGGCUGAGGAUGAAGAAGAUUCUGAUGGAGGAGAAAAGGGAUCUACGUGAAGCAGCUCUCCCUGCCUCGAAAUCAGCGUCUAGAAAAACCUACAACAGGGCUCUUUCAGACGACUCCGACAAUGAGAGUUCAAGCAGCCUCCUCAAAGACGUGUGUAUAAGUCCCGUCGAUAACUGCAGUGAAAACGACUCCUGGUCUUACUACUCCAGCAGUCCCAGUGUGGCUGAUUCAUGGUCUCACUACUCUGAUGACGGGUCUUCCUUUGAGCCUCCAGUCAAAGGUUUUUCUGAUGAUGAUUCGCUGUCAAGCUGCUCAAAUGAGGAUCCUUCCUUCAUGAGCUCUAAUGAUGUCUCAGGUGUUAAAGGCAGCACCACGAAAAAGAAAGUAGAGUGUUUUAUCUGCAAGGAGCAUGUAAACACGAGCCUGAGGACUCACAUGAAAACCCACUUUCCCACAGGUAACUACGCCUGCCCUCGAUGUGACAGCCGGUUCAAACUCUUCUCGUCCCUUGUGCAGCACAUGAAAAGAACCUGCUUCGAGUAUGGGAAGCAGCAAGUGGAUCCAGAGAAGCCAGAGGAAGCCAGCAACCUUUACAAAUGUGACAAAUGUGAGGAAGCGUUCAGGUAUAAAGUGUCACUGCAGAAACACAAACUGACCCACGAUGAGCUGUACUGCAGCGUGUGCAGGAAGGUGUUACGAGACGCAGCAGCGUUGGCGAGACACAAAGCUUCUCACACGCCGUUUCAGUGUAACCGCUGCGAGGAGACCUUCACUCUGUAUAAACCUUUGCUCAGGCAUUACCAAAACACCCAUAAAAUCAGCAAGCCAUUCAGGUGCAACCACUGUCCAAAGACUUUAUCCAAGCUGAGCGGUUUGAUCGCACACGAGUGGAAACACACCGGUCAUCUACCCUUUCAGUGCGCCCAGUGUGGCUUGAGAGUGAAAACAGAUGCAGAUCUCAUUUCACACCAAAGAGUCCACACCAGAGAGAAGCCGUACCUGUGUGCAGAGUGCGGCAAGACUUUCUCACAGAGGUCCAACCUUCUGCGACACUUGAACCUCAUCCACAGCGAGUCUCGAAAUGAGAAGAUGCAUUCCUGCUCCGAGUGUGACAAAACCUUUAAAGAGAAAGGAGCUCUGAAGAAACACCAGAAGAGCAAACACUUUGAAACACUGCUGCAGUUGUUCCGACAUCAGUGCCAGUACUGUGGGAAGAUGGUCUCUGCUUCAACGAUCGCCCGACAUAAAUUAAUCCACACGGGAGAGAGACCUUUCAAAUGCACCGUGCCUGAAUGUGAGAAUCACUUCAGGUCGACCUCCGAGGUGAAUAGACAUGUCCUCCUACACCACACCACAGAGAGGCCAUAUAAGUGUGAUGACUGUGGGAAGGGUUUCAUUAAAAAGUGUUACCUCAAUGCACAUGUGAAAAUACACUCAGGAGAGAAGCCGUUUGUUUGCAUCUGCUGCGGCAAAGCUUUCCCUAAGCUCUACAGUUUACAGAGACACAAAAGACUUUUACAUACAGCUGAAACAAAAUAACCCUGUACGGCAAUGACACUCUGAAAAUCAGCAGUGUGUUACAUUUUUCAUCUAUAGACAUUAGUGGAUGGAAGUGGUUAGAAGUUGUAACCCGCACUCUUCAUAAUGUCCAGCAGGGGGUGACUCCUCUAAAGAUUAACAAUUGUAUAGAAUUUUACUGAAAAAUGUGCUUACUUGUAACAUGACUUUUCCUUCAGUAAACAUGUUCCUAAUGAG